UGGCGAGGAAGGAAUCUCUUUACCAGCGCUUUCAAAAUCUCAAGGACACAUCCUAAAUUAAGGCUACAUUCACAUUGUGUGUGUGAACUGAAGCAAGCGCUGCAGUGCGAUGACAAAAUGAAGAGAUGCAAGCUGAAAAAGGAGCGAAAAUAGUGCACUCCUAAACAUUGGCUUUAACAUGGAACUGCUUUGAGACGGAGGAGCAAAAUCAGAUUUUAAGAUAAAGCAAGAAUCACACAACAGAACCCAAUCCUUUCCCAUAUAUGACGAACGAGGCUCAAGUUGCCCACAAAUUGUUGUGUGGCUCUGCACCAGCCUGUGUUAUUUAAGUUCACAUGCAAGAGUAUGGUCACCCUUGGAACCAAGACUGGCUUGUAGUGUGUCUCGCUUAUUUCCCAGAUGCAGAACAUCCUUGAUCAAAACUUAGACAUGGCUACAGCUCUACUCGCUGGUGAGAAGCUAAAGGAGCUCAUCCUUCCUGGCUCGUCGCAAGAUGAAAGGGGCAGCGCCUUGGCCAGUCUAAUAGUGCAGCUCAAACUGGAGCUGCCCUUUGAUCGUGUUGUGACCAUCGGGACGGUGAUCAUCCCCAUCCUGUUGGUCACCCUCGUCUUCACCCGAAACUUUGCAGAGGAGUCCAUCUACUGUUACACACCACACAACUUCACUCGAGACCAGGCACUGUACGCAAGGGGCUACUGCUGGACAGAGCUGCGUGAUGCUGCACCUGGUGUGGAGUCUCACCUCUGGCCUUCACUUUUUGAGCACAAAUUUCUACCUUACGCCCUUCUGGCCUUCGCUGGUAUCAUGUACAUCCCUGCACUUGGCUGGGAGUUUCUCGCUUCUACUCGGCUCACGUCAGAGCUCAAUUUCCUGCUUCAGGAGAUUGAUAACUGCUAUCAUAGAGCUGCUGAGGGGCGUGCCCCAAAGAUUGAGAAGCAGAUUCAAUCCAAAGGACCUGGCAUCACUGAGCGGGAGAGGAGGGAGAUCAUAGAGAAUGCAGAGAAAGAGAAGAGUCCUGAGCAAAACCUCUUUGAGAAAUAUUUAGAAAGGCGAGGCCAAAGUAACUUUUUGGCCAAGAUUUACUUGGCACGCCACCUGGCUAUUAUCUGCCUCAGCUCCAUCCCCAUUUCCUACCUGAGCGCCUACUAUGCCCGACAAAGACAGAAUGAAUUUACCUGUGCUCUUGGUGAGCCCCCAGACAUUAGCAGCUAUUCAGAGCUCAAGCUUCGGGUCAACUGUAAGUUGCCUGCUGUGCAGCUGCAACGAAUCAUGGCAGCAGUGGAUAUCGCUCUGCUCUGCACUAUGAACCUUAUUAUCCUGCUUAAUUUGCUGCAUUUAUUUGUGGUGCGGAAGUCCAACUUUGUAUUUGACAAGUUGCAUAAAGUGGGCAUCAAGACGCGACGCCGUUGGCAGAAGUCUCAAUUCUGCGACAUCAACAUCCUGGCCAUGUUCUGCAAUGAGAACAGAGACCACAUCAAGUCCCUUAACAGGCUGGACUUCAUCACUAAUGAGAGCGACCUCAUGUAUGAUAACGUGGUUCGGCAACUGUUGGCUGCUCUUGCACAGUCCAACCAUGAUGCAACGCCCACUGUGAGGGACUCUGGGAUCCAAACAAUAGAUCCAAACAUGGAUCCCUCUGAUCUUAGAGUAGGAGAGAUGCCUUCAGAGCCACUUGUCAUCAAACGACCUCGCAAGAAGAUCAAAUGGAUCCCAUCCUCCAAUCCUCUUCCGCAGUCUUUCAAAGAACCUCUAACCUUGACACGUUUGGAAAGUAAUGCCAAGCCUGAAAAACCAAAACAGCUCAGAAGAAAGACGGUAGCAGACAGUUUCAUUGCACCGCUUCUGGACACCAAGAGCACACAGUAUCCCUUAGCAAAAGAUUUAAGUGGGAUGGAGAAAAAGCACGCUCGCAACCUCUCUUUGGAUGUUCAUCCAUACAUGCUGACCAUUCGUAAACCAAAGGUGGAGAUCACAACCACAGACCCUCUUCCCUCAGAGCACAACUUGGAUACUGUAUACCUUGAAGGCACACACACUAUUGUUCAUGUUUCUAGUGGAAUUACAGAGAACAAGGUUUGCUCUCCAGCAUCCACCACCACUGCCUUUUCGACGGUGACCCUGCCUACCAGCACAUACGUAAAUGGUGGUAGCCCCAACCCACCAUCCAGUGAGGAUCCCCUCAGUCCCAAACCCUCCCCACCUCUAAGAGAGCCCGUCACACAGGUGGAGAAUCUUGAGUCUCAGCCGCCAACACUGACCAGAGCCCCAACACACCAGCUGCUGAGUAUUCAUCAUACUCUCUUUGAGGAAGAAGAAGAUGAGGAAAACCGUAGAGACAGGCUGGCAGGACGACCUGGAGAACUCAUUGCUGCAGGGGAAUGUUAAAGGAAGAAAGAAAUUCGGAUGGAUUUCCUCCCUGAUUCUGUUCUAGUCGACACAGUUCUCAGCACACAUGACCACUUGGUCAAUCACGUCUGUCUACUCUCAUGAGGUCACACACUUCUAUGCUGGCUCCUUAGAGUGUGGUAGAACUGUACAGCUGAAUUGACAAUGAGACAAAUUUGUGUAUGUGGUGAUGUUGAGCAGAGUAUCACUGUAGGAAACGAUGUCGCGUUCAUAUCUCAGGAUGACUGUGUACAAUUCAUCACUCACCAAUGAAACCAGCAGUGAUCAAAUUCAACAGGGUGCUACAGAGCAGGGAUGAAACAGUUGGAAUGAUCGGAUGAAUGAAUAUAAAGGGUGAGUGAUAUUUCUUAAAACAAUUAGAGGGUCUGCAUUUGUCUUUAAAAGAAAUAGUCAAAAAAUAUAUAUCGCUUUGUCCCUUUAUUGCAAUAGCCAAGUAGACGGGUAGUUCAUGCAAUACAGUCUUCAAUCUGCAGAAGUAAUUAUGCAAAAGAUCACGAUAUAUUUGUGGCAAUAAUGAAUGCGCUUACCACAUCAUUUGCCACAGUAGAUUAUAGGUACAUCAUAUGGUACAUGCAUAGACACUGUAUAUGACAAUGUGUUUGUGAAGUGUGAAGCUGUAAAGUACAUCAUGGCUUUGUCAUUGACAUUUCUUCACAAAUAAGGAUUGCGUUUGGGCACUUGUUGCAAGUACAUUAUAUUUGCACGCCAUCAAUGAUAGCUCAUAUUGUAAUGAGGAACAGCAAACUGCACAACAAGGGAUAAUCAGAGGAACCUUUGACAAUUUAUUGAUGCAAGUUGAGUGUGUAGGUGUAUUUAAACAGGAAUUACUGAAAGAUUAAUGUAGUUCAGUCACUGGGACAAUUGUUUGCUUACUUCUAGCAGGAAUGAUAUGAAGUGGGCAGGGGGGGAGCUAGUGUUUCAUGUCAUAUUUCAAUGUGUUUCUUCAAUGCAUACUUUUUCACUAACAAUCAUCAGAUCACUAAGACCAAGAAGUAGAGAAUAAUUGAAGUUUCAUUUUGUAAUUUGUAGUAGUAUAGCAAAGUACCAGUAAGCCUACAUUAUAGCACUUUAUAUCAAGUACGAGAGAAAAAAGCCUCAUAUAUAUAGUACAUGUUUAUCACAAGAACAAGAGUACACCUAGAAGACAUAAAGCCAGCUUUUAACUCAUUCAUACUUUUGUGAAAAAAAAGUUAUCAAUUUGAUCAAUCUCAUGAUAGGAACUGAAAAGCACUUUAAUUAUUAAGACUUGUUGCACAAAUGUACCAAGUUCAAAAGUCACUGCUGCCAUGUGUGCAAUUUAGCCUACAAAGACUGUGGUACGGAAUCAAUAACAUGGUGGGUGUUAAUGAUAGUGGUCAUGUGGAGAAGUAAUCACUUUGGUGACUGUCAAAUGCUAGAAAGAAAACAAAUUAAAGUAAAAUGACUAAUCACGUCGCAUAUUGGUGAUCCAUAAAAUACUACGUUUCCCAUAAUGCAUUGCACCCG